AUGCCGCUCUAUCGCCCGGAAAAUGUCGAUGCACCCGUCUUGUCGCAAUUCUCCUUGAGAGGAAAGGUCGCCGCUGUGACCGGAGGAGCACGAGGAAUCGGACUCGAAGUAGUCCGCGGUCUUGCAGAAGCCGGCGCAUCUGUUGCCUUGAUCUAUACCACUAGCAACUCUGCUCCAGAGACUGCCGCUAAGAUUGCCAAAGAGACUGGCUCGCGGGUCUCCGCGUACAAGGCCGAUGUCACCAACAAGAAAGACAUCACAGACACCAUCAACCAGAUCGCCAAAGACUUUGGUAAACUAGACGUAUGUGUCGCCAACGCUGGCAUCGCAUCUCAAGUCCCCGGUCUCGACUAUUCCGAAGACCAAUGGCGCGACAUCAUGAGCGUCAAUCUUGAUGGUGCAAUGUACACUGCCCAAGCUGCAGGCAAGAUCUUUGAGAAACAAGGGGGUAGCAACUCAAUGAUAUUCACGGCCUCGGUCAGUGCUAUUCUGGUCAAUAUUCCACAGAAACAGGCCGCAUACAAUGCGUCCAAAGCUGCUUUGGUACAUCUGGCAAAGUCCUUGGCGGUUGAGUGGACUGAGUUUGCCAGAGUCAAUUGCAUCUCGCCUGGGUUUGUUGAGACUGAUAUCCUGUCGAUUCAUCCCGAGGAGUGGAGAAACAAGUGGUUCGAUAUGAUUCCUGGCGCUCGUAUGGCAAAGGCCGCGGAGCUCAAAUCUGCGUAUGUCUUUCUGGCAUCCGAUGCUUGUUGCUACAUGACUGGCGCAAAUAUGGUUAUAGACGGUGGAUACACUCUGCCUUAG